CACACUCACACUCACACUCACACACACACACACACACAAACAGUUCCCUGCUAUCUGUCAUUUCCUGGAUCCUGCGUGUCCAAGCUGCUGUGGAAACUUUGAAAAGUUUGCUGGUGGGACAGGAGGAGGAGGGAGGGAUCUCGGUGAGCCUACAGCGGCGCUGCUGCACUCACACACGGAUCAGUUGGGGUCUGAGCUCCGGGGAUGUCGGCUGUGAAGGCGCUGCAGCAGUGGUGCCGGGUCCGGUGUGAAGGCUACCGGGAUGUGUCCAUCACCAACAUGACCACGUCCUUCAGGGACGGCAUGGCUUUCUGCGCUCUCAUCCACAAACACAGACCCGAUCUCAUCAAUUUUGAUUCACUGAAGAAGGAAGAUGUUUAUGAGAACAACAAACUUGCGUUCAAGGUUGCAGAGGAGAAGUUGGGAAUUCCAGCGCUGUUGGAUGCAGAAGACAUGGUGGCUCUUAGGGUUCCUGACCGCCUCAGUAUCCUGACAUACGUGUCCCAGUACUACAACUACUUCCAUGGACGCUCCCCAAUUGGUGGUAUGGGAGGUAUAAAGCGUCCAGCAGAUGGCCCCACAGAUGAGCCGUCUGAGAAGAAGAACCAGCCGGUGGCGGCGAAGGUGUUUCCCUCUCCCAAACCAGCCAGAGAGAACAGCCCUCCCCCCUCCUCCAACAUCACCCGGCCCUCUCCUUCCCCAAAACAAGCCAGAAAUGCCACAACGGAUGUUGUGGUUGAGAAACCCCAUCAGACAGGCACCCUGAGUAACAAAUGUGUGACCUGCAACAAGCAUGUUCACCUGGUGCAGCGACAUCUAGUGGACGGGAAGCUCUAUCACAGGAACUGUGCAAAGUUACUGCCGCCAACAAACCCAACUGCACCUCUCAGAGGCUUACCCACAAACACUCCUGUUUCUAGAUUUGCUAAUUUACCAGACUCCCCUAAAACCAACACAACUCCUCCAAACCAUGCCCCCUCCAGACUGGGACCAUCAUGGAAGACGGACAAACCCAGCACCCCUCCCAGCUUCUGCACCACUUUUUCUUCCCCGUCUCCUUCCCGGCCUGCUUCAAGUCUCUCUUCCGCUGCUAAAGAGAGUCAGACAUGUGUUGUCUCCAAACCCACGGCUUCACAGACUACUUGUGAAUCUACCUUCACCACAACAACCACUUCUAUCAACACCAGGCCCACUGCUGCUCCUCGUACCUCAACCACAGCGGCAAAGACACUACAGUCCAAGCUCAAUUUCUUCCAAUCGGAUAACAUAUCUAACGAUAAAGAGAAAAAGACUACAACCACCAACAUGGUCAUAAAUAAAGGGCCAAAUGUGACCGGUAAAGUAAAGGAGGCCCCAACUGGUCAGACUGUUGUUGUGAAUGUUGGCGGUUUAGGCACAAAAGAAGCAAAUGUGAGAUUGGACACGGGUGGGGAGAAAGCUAAAGCAUCUGGUGUAGGUGGAGAUAUGAAGACGAAAGCAUCAGCAGCUGCCUUCAUCUCCAAAAAACUGACAGAGGAGAAAGACAAUAACCACAGUAAGCCCUCGUGGACGACUGUAGCGCUGAAAAAAACUGACAAACCUGCUCAAGUCGAGACUCCAAAGAGGGAGACGGAGGGUGUCAGAGUCAGAAUGAAGCUGAAAGUAGACCCGUCAAUCCUCGCUGACCUGCAGACUCCGAUAGACACCCGGACUCCGAGCCCGGCCGACAGGAGUGGACUCGGAGCCAAAACCCCAGAAAAAGGCGCCUCAAAGCCCGGCAGUCAAUCACCCAACAUCUCAGCACCAGAAAACAGCGACUCUCCUGCAGAAUGGAGGUUGAAGCUGAAACCCAUCUCCAAAGCUGCUGGUCCCACCCAGUCCUCCCCUAAAGCGUGGGCUAAUGGAGCUGGAAAGCCUCAGACUUCAGAGCUGUCUGUCGGGCCUUCUCCCUCCUCUCAUCUGCCCAGCCCCAGCGUUUCUGUCACUCCACCUGCAGCAAAGGGAUUCCUGAACGGUCAGAGAGACCCAACUGUAAAUGGCACCAAGCCAGAGUCAAAGAAGUCCAAGACAAAGCCAGGCUACAUUCUCAAAGAGGACAUCAUGAAGGAACUGCAGGAGAUUGAAGAUAAUUUGAACGAGUGGGAGAAGAGGGGAGUGGAACUGGAAGGGAGGCUCCGCAGCAGUGAAGAAGAGGGUGAAGAUGACUCUCUCAUGGAUGAGCUCAUGGUCGAGUGGUUCAACUUGAUCAGGAACAAGCAGGUGGCCAUGCGCCGGGAGUCUGAACUGGUCUACAUUGGAAAAACCCAGGACCUUGAGGAAGAGCAGCCCAGUGUCGAGCAGGAGCUCAGGAAACUGAUGGAAAAACCAGAACAUCUGAAAACAGCCUUGGAACGUAAGAGAGAAGAGCAGCUGAUGGCCAAACUGGUGGAGAUAGUCAACGACAGAAAUGCUAUUAUAGAGGGUCUGGAUGAGGACAGACUCAGGGAGGAAGAGGAGGACGAACAACUAAACAAGAUGAUGAUGAAUUUCAACAUAAAGAAAGACAAAGCAAAGAAAAAGUCACCGGUGUCCAAACUGUUUGGUUGGGGGAACAAGAAGGAGGGAUGAGGCUCCGCAACACACAGCGCUGCUAAAACUGUCUUUGGUGGUGUUGUCUUUUUUUUGCUGCUCUUGUUGUAGUCAGUGUACUUAGCCUGUGUGUGUCUGUGUGUGUGUUUGCGUGUCUGUCUGUCUGUCUGUCUGUUUGUCUGUGUGUGUCAUUUUUAGCACUUUUGAAGACAUUCCCUUCCCUCUGACGAGUGCAUCCCUCUUGCCUGCCAGUGACACACACACACAUAAUGUUGAAAGGUUAAUGACUCAUCAGCCGUGAAGAGAUUGGGUUCAGUGCCCCCGUUGUUGGUUUUAAUACACUUCUAGUCUUAAUCGGUCUACUUAAUGCUCUUACACACACACACACACACACACACACACACACACACACACACACACACACACACACACGAACACUCACUCUCCUUCUAUAUAUUUGCAACCCUUUGAAAUGUUGGUUGUUUACAGUAACACUACAGAUGCUAAUACGACUUAAAGAACCGAGGUCAGACAGCUGUUUCUUGCUCUUAGCUUAUGUUUCAGCCCUACGCACAUGUUUCCGCACUACAAGCCUGACUUGAAAGAUCACUCUCUGACCUUGUUGUAGUCGAUUACAUGUUGAACUGCAUUUAAUCUUAAAGGUCUCGCUCGGUGUAGUUUUCUAUCAAAUACAGCACUCAUUUCUUUCUCGGACAGCAACAAGUUUACUCAGAGAGCUGCCCUUUUGAUAAGGACAUGUUUUUUAGUUUCCUCUAGACCAGUGGUUUCUAAGAGUCGUGAGAUGUUUCCCAUGAAAGCAAAAAGCAAAGAAAGCGUAUUUUCUCUACAAACAAUUAUAAGUUAAUAUAGCUAUCAUCACUCUUUAGACUUUGUCACAGUCUGUAGGUGUAUGCAACCUAUGACACACGUCUGCAAGUUGGCAUACAUUUGUUUUGGUGAAAAGCCGAAAAGGCUGGCUCAUGUGUGCAUUUUACUCUGGACCUUUGAGAACAGUGGAUCGUGAAAGUUCACUUAUGAUUAUGAUUUAGAGAUUUUAACAUCAGGUUUUAUUCAGCAAAUAUAAUUAUUCAAUAAUAAAGUGAAACGCUCUGAAACAUCAGUUUGUGCCCCUUUGAGCUAUUAUCUCUUCACUAUGUACAAAUGGAUGUUUCUUUAAAUAAUAGAUUCAUAAGGUGAUGCAUAUCUGAUGCUCAAACAUAGCUGCAGGAAUGUCACUGGAUGUCAUGCUUUGUUUAUUUGGCUUUCCAAUCCAACUGUGUUCUGCUAUACUUGAGUAGUUGGAAUGUUUAUGGUUGACUAGAGGAAACGGAUUCAUCUUGUUAUUGUCGUGUGACUCACGGGUUUAAGUAUUCAAUCUAAAAGCAAGAGUUGAUGCUUUUGAGUCUUAGAAAUACAAGAACUGGUCCAUAUUGGAUUUCGUACACAUUUUAAAUCUUUCUUUCCUGAAUGAGCUGUUUAGUUUUUGUGUGUGUGUCAUAGUCUAUUACUUGUUAAAGUCAUUUUUAGAGAGGCGCUGAGGAAAACUUAAAAUCUUUGUUGUGGCCAAACUGAUCGAUUUUCAAAACAACUUCUUGUCGCUAGGUAACACUGUAUAUAUGUUAAUGUUCUUGUCCCCUUUAUUUCUCUUCAUCUCAAGUGUAUAUAUUGUAUAAAGUUGCUCCUUAGAGAACUCAGCCCUGAACAAAUUACUGUCAUAAAUCUACUAAAAUGUUAAUAAAAAGACGAUAUUAUUAAUUGAU